AUGCCCGACAUGGCUACUCAAGAUGCCUCCGCGGCACACGAUGAUAGCAAAGCCCCUGCAAAUGCGAUUUCUGCACAGUCGGACACAGAUAAUGCUUUCCAAGACACCAAGAAGUCCGAUGCGGAGCAAAAUCACUCCGCGAAUCCCAAUACUGGGGAACUGAAGCGCAAGCUGAAAAGCAGGCAUCUACAGAUGAUUGCAAUUGGUGGAACUAUCGGCACAGGACUAUUUAUCUCCAGUGGCACUGCUAUUGCGACAUCCGGUCCGGCAGGCGCGUUGAUCGCCUACAUCUUUGUCGGCUCCAUCGUCUAUUCUGUGAUGAGCUCCUUGGGCGAAGUUGCAACCUAUAUCCCAAUCUCCGGUGCCUUCACAUCCUACGCAGCCCGCCUGAUCGACCCUAGCCUCGGAUUUUCCAUGGGCUGGAUCUAUUGGUUCAACUGGGCUUCCACAUUUGCUGUCGAACUGACGGCCACCGGUACCAUCAUUCAAUAUUGGGAUCCUACUCUGAACAUUGCCAUCUUCAUCGGAGCGUUCUGGGUGUUUAUCACGGCCAUGAACUUUCUCCCCGUCAAUUUCUACGGCGAGGUGGAGUUCUGGUUCUCAACUAUCAAAGUGGCCACUGUUAUCGGCUUCAUCCUUUUUGCCAUUUGCAUCGAUGCUGGAGUUGGAGAGCAAGGAUAUAUAGGCUUCCGCUACUGGAGCACGCCUGGAGCGUUUGCCUCGUACAGCACCGAUUUACCGGCAUCUAUUGGCAAGUUCGUUGGCUUCUGGGCGGUUCUCAUCCAAGCCGGAUUUUCCUACCAGGGUACGGAGCUUGUCGGCGUGGCCGCUGGAGAGACUGAAAAUCCGCAAAAGACGGUUCCAUCGGCUAUCCGCAAGACAUUUGUCCGAAUUCUUUUCUUCUUCGUUUUGACCAUUUUCUUUAUUGGACUCGUGGUCCCCUACACCAACGGCCGCCUCACUACUGCGACAACCAAUGCAUCAUCCUCGCCUAUGGUUAUCGCCGCUGAUUUGGCAGGUGUCAAAGUUCUUCCAAGCUUGAUUAAUGGCGUGCUCUUGUCCGUGGUCUUAUCGGCUGCAAACUCCAAUGUGUACAGUGGCAGUCGAGUCCUGACUGGACUGGCACAUGAAGGAUUCGCUCCUGCCUGCUUUAGCUGGGUGACCAAGCACGGUGUUCCGUACAUCAGUGUGACAUUCACCGCUUUGUUUGGUUUAUUGGGUUUCAUGAACGUUUCCAAUGACGCUGGGCAAGUAUUCACUUGGCUCGUGAACCUUUCUAGUGUUGCCGGCUUCAUUACUUGGGCUUCAAUCAAUGCGUGUCACAUUGCGUUUAUGCGCGUAUUGGCAAGCCGUGGCAUUUCUCGCGAUACUCUUCCAUAUAAGGCUAUUUUGCAACCAUAUCUCGCUUGGUAUGGUCUCUUCUUCAACAUCCUGAUCGCCCUCACCCAGGGCUUCACUUCUUUCAUCCCACAUUUCAAGGUGACCGACUUCUUCAUUGCCUACAUCUGCCCCAUUGUUUUUGUGGUGCUCUAUGUCGGACACAAAGUCAUUGUUCGUCCCUCAUUUGUCAGUGUGGCCGAUGCCGAUAUUGACACUGGUCGUUUGCACUACGAAAAGGAAGUCAAUCCCCCCAAGCCAUGGUACUGGAAGGUGUGGGGCUGGGUUUCCAAGUAA